UCGAAAUCCAGUCAUAAAAAAACGUGAUAGUCUUUUUUAAUUGUUUCUUGUAAUUAUACUCGGGUUAUUUCGUUGUAUCUCGCAGUUACAUUUAAAAAAAUUAGACCUGGUAUUUUUUCAGUAAGAACUUAUAAUACGUAAUAUAUAUACGAACAUUUUUUUUCUCCUGGACCCUAUGCUUCCCUGACGCAGUUGACAAAUCACAAGUCGCAGUCUGUGAGUCUCAAACGAAAAUUAUAACAUCUCGCUUCGUUUACAUUUCCUAAAGUCUCAAAUUUUGGUGGAAGGAAAGGCGCUACAUAUUUCUAAUUCUACUAAAACUAGAAUUCUGUAAUCACUUUUUCCGUUUCAUAAUUUAUUUAAUUAUUGCGCAGAUCUGCGCAUAUAUUAGCAACAAAGAACGACUUAAGAAAAAGGAUAACUUUUUUUAAGUUUUAUUAUUAGAGGGAAAGAAGUGUUUCCUUUUUAGUUCAAAUGCUUCUAUCCACUUAUGCUGCAAACUUGUUUUGCUCAAAGAUACGUUUUCUUCUAAGUUACAGUUGACAAAGGUUUGAAGUACGAAAUCCGCUGAGUGAUUUUGUCGAAUACUUAAAUGGAAAACGAACCAUUUAAUUAUCUUGCCUAUAGUGAUAUUGCAUGGGAGGUGUAAACAAAAUACAGUUUGACAAGACGACCGUUGACAAAAGGAAGACCACCCAACGAACGUUUUCAAUUGGUGUAUUUUUUUUUAUCAGUGAUAUUUUUUCAUUCAAACAGAAUACAGCUCUUGGAAGUUUCGGGAGGAAGGCCCUAAUUAAAAUGGAAUUAUAAAUUAAAGCUAAAAAGUCUAUUUCCCGCACAAAACUUCGCACCUUCAUUUGGUUAUCUUUCCAUUCUUUGCUGCCAAACCACAUGCUGUAUAAGACAAGGAGACAAAUUUUCAACUUUAAAAGAUAAAUGAAUGAAAAACGCUUCAGACAGAAGCGUUUAGUUUGUAUCAAUGGCCGGGUACAAAUGUAUACAGAUGAGCUCCACUCAGAUACCACCAUUUCGAAAUUUUCAUGAUUGAGCCAUGCUCCUCCGUAAUAAAAUAAUUAAUUAUUUUAAAAUUGAAUUUCAGAUUUUGGUCGCCAUCUUCAAAGGGGGUCUUUGCGAAUGCGAAUGUUGCUUUUAUUGAUUAAUUAUAAUGUGUAAACCCAGGUUGAAGUUGACCAAAUUGCAAAUUAUUCCAAAGCGAUUACCACAGAGCUCCUGAAAAAAGAAAAGAUAAUAAUUGUCAUGUUUACGGUUCCCUUGGCCAAUCGGAGGCACGAUUUUGUCUCGGAAAGUUUCCCCACUCCUGACACACUUCAAGUGGGCGAGAAUAUGCCCAUUUUUUUUUCCAGUUUGCCUUAACCAUAUCUUCUUCGUUAUCGGUUACACUCUAUAGCAUUUAUCUAUCAUCACCUAGUGUUUUCUCAGAUUUGGAAAACAGAAGGAGAACAAUUGCAAUCUAAAAAUCUUCUCUGUAAAAUCACAGAGACAGAAAAGUCAAUGUAAAAAAAAACAUAAUGGGGGCAGGAGGUUUAUAUUCGCAAAAACAAAAUACAUAUAUCAUAGUCGACCAACUUAAUCAUUCCUCGAGCCCAGUCAUGGUCUUUCAACCCUGGUGACAGAUGGCUCAAACAGGCUCAUUAAUAAUGAUGGUUUGUGUUUGUAUUUGAAACCGAGAUAAAACAGAAUGAACUGAUUCCGAAAGUGGAUCAAGUGAAAGAUCUAGGCAAAGUAGUAUGUUAUUCGUCGAUGGAAAAGUUAUCUUUGGAGGUGGCGCGCGCUCCAAGCUGAAUCUAAAAGGAAGUUUAUCUCUACUGUUUUACCUCGGGUGUUGAGGUGUUCGAAAUCAUAUGUGAUAUAAAGGAAAAGAAAAUUUCCUCAACUGCUAGCAGACUAAUUGUCUUUGGAUCACAAAGCACGCCGUUGAAGACUGAAAAGUGAAGAUAUUUGUCAAUGGAAACACAAGGGAGUUUAGCGACGCGAAACUGUUCUAACUGUUCCACCAGUGAUCCUGUUACCGGACACGAGUUUGAAGAGAACAUGUCUGGUUUCGACGCCCAAAAUGACGUCGUCCCCAUCGCCAUUGCCAUUCCAAUCAUUGCAGUGAACUGCUGGGUAAUCUCUCUGGUAUGUUUGAAGAGAAGUUUGCGAACGGUAACUAACUACAUCCUGACCAGUUUGGCUUUGUCCGACCUAUGGACGGGAAUGAUUUCCAUCCCUCUAUUCCUCUGCUGCAACAUUAUCCAGGAGACUGAAAUUUGCACAGCAGCCAUGUUGUUCAUGAGGUUUACCUCAACUUCCACGGUCCUCCACAUUCUAGCCAUGACAACGGAUCGAUACAUCUGCAUUGUUUAUGCCUUGCGUUAUAUGACAUGGGUGACCAAGAGACGAGUUCUCCAUGUCAUCGCAGCCAUUUGGGCCAUUUCUUUGUUCGUAAUGCUCGUCCAACUCGAGUGGUAUGAUAUGAACGAGGGCGUCAACGAAGAAUUCUCUCCAGAAAACAAGAAAAAGAUCAUUAUCGUUGACAGUAUUUGCUUCUUCGCCUUCGUUGGUCUUCCAGUGAUGGUUAUGGCUUACACCUAUGGCCGCAUCCUAUAUGAAGUUCACAGACAGAGUAGAAACAUCCAGAGGCACAACACUCCAGGAUGGCAGGAGACUAAGAAAAGCACAAGGCAAGAAUGGAAAGUGGCCUCGGUCUUCAUGGUAAUGCUGCUCGUAUUCAUUGUCUGUUGGGGGCCGUUUUAUCUCCUCCGCCUUGAGCGUGUAUUGAGCAGCGAUUUCUUUCGGGUGACUUUCAGCGUUUUUGCCCAGAUUCUGAUGCUUUGGUUAAGGUUCGUUUCAUCCUUGAUUAACCCGUGCUUGUACAUUCUUGGAAAGCCUGAUUUUCGUAAGGCUUCUGGUCUUUCGAUGAAAAAGAGGCGUUUUAACGAUUCAGAAGCUACCCGUUUAACUCAAUCAAAGGGUUCAACAUCUGUUUAAUUUGAGAAACGGCGGCGAAUUUUGACUUGAAGGAGAACGACUUCUUAAAAGGGAAAAACUGCCAGCCACAUGCUUCCCCAAAAAAUGGAGUUGUUUGAACAACACGUACAAAGAAGGAUUCUUCGGUAAAAAACAUCCGCUUAAAGUUUCUUUAAAAUAUGUAAAUAUUCCAUCACAGACUUCUGUUCAUACCGAAUAACCUGGUUUUAUAGGCAGCAAAGAUAUGAAAUUAAUAAUCUGGAUAUAUCAACAAAGUUGAAAUGGUAACUGGC